CAUGUCUUCUUCUCGCAUUGCACAAAGUAUUUCAGUAAACAAUGAUAUGCACAGUCAACUUUUACUUGACACGAUUAAAAUAUUUCUUGUUUUUUCUUUACAGUCCUACGACAUAACAUUGGGCUUAUGCUUACCUCGGUCAUGCAGCGUCGACGACGCCGAAUCCAUACUCACAUUUUCCAUAAUGAUCAAUGACAACUUGAAGUCUAACAAGACUAUCCCUAGAAUGGCCAAGGUCACAUCAAUGAGGAAAAUAGAAGAAUAUUAUCACAUAGAAACAGACACCGGUGCUAUAAUACUCAUAUGUUUAAUACUUUUCCUAUUUAUACUUUCGAUUAUUGCGACGAUAGUGGAACUUAAUCUAGUCGAAUGCAAACUCAAGCCACGUACUUCGAGAUCGGUGAGUUUCGAUUUACAGAAAUAUAACAGCACCGGUACACACAACAGAUACUUUGAUAGUACACCGAGGAAGCACAAUCUGUCAACGUGGAAAGAUCAACAUUUGGGGAAACUAGCUGUCAUUCCCAAAGUUGAAGAGACUUUUGAUGUGGGUGUUUCGGACAAUGGGUCAAAACCUAACACGAUUCCUCCAACGAUUACGCUUGACGUAAUGUCCAUGGAGAAAGCUAGUGGCAGCUGCAACAGGUGCGGGAAGUACAAGCGACAGUGCAGCAACCCCACUCAAAUCGAUAAUCUACCAGCCUGCCCAAGAGUCCAGUACAGCUCUGUGGAAAGCAUUGGCAUUCAUGAGAUAAAUAACAGCUUCUUCAAAAGACUGCUACUGUGUUACUCAUUAGCUUACAGUUGGAGAAGGAUAUUCAACACGAACAUGGCUAAUAAGGAUCUGUCGAUCGUGCACAUACUGAGGAUCGUUGCUACUUUUUGGGUUAUUUAUGUGCAUGUAGCUGUUAUGGUGACUUACGCUGCAGGGGACGCUGGGGAUAUAAACGAUCAUAAUCAUGCAUAUUACGUAUUAGCCACCGGAACACUGGCUUUUGACACGUUAUUUUUUGUCAGCGGCCUCUUCAGUACGCACCAUUUUUUCUAUCUUAAGAGCCAAUAUACAGUAGAAGAGUUGGUCAGUUUUGGAGGCGCUUGUGGUCAGAUAUUGCAAUUUAUUUGCUUCGUUACCAACAGGAUUAUAAGGUUACUCCCAUCGUAUGCGUUCGCGGUGCUAUUGGCGGGAGUGGUGGCGCGCGCGACCCGCGACACUUCAGCGGUGGUGUUACCCGACGAUGACAGCCACACCUGCGACAGCUACUGGUGGCGCAACCUGCUGUACCUCACUAACAUCUACCCGAGCAAUGAGAGGUGUAUGCAGAUAUCGUGGUACCUGUCAGCGGAGAGCCAGCUGCAUUUAGCUGGAGCGCUGGCCUGUGUGGUGCGGGGCGCGGGGAGAGGACGCGGGCGGGUGCUGGUGACGCUGGUGGCGGGCGCGGUGCUGGCCGCCGCCGCCGCUGACGUAGGCGGCGCGUACUACGACUACCAGACGCGAUUCUCUGGAGUCUACGAAGCCUAUUCGUUAAUAAUCGAAAGAACCUGGGCCAGAGCAGUUCCAUACUUCAUCGGAGUGCUUACAGGGUGGACGGUGCACAAGUCAAAUGGAAGAAUAAGUGUUACCAAGACGACAGCUUUGUGCUUGUGGUUUGCAUCGUUAGCAAUAUUCGUUGGGUCGUUACUAGUCCUGGCGUUGACGACUGAAUGGUUGACGGCGUGGUUGCACGUCACUUGGCCCCUGGCAUUUUUUUGGCCUGUCUUGGUCUGCGCUACUAACUUAGCUCCUAAACUACGUUUGGUGGUGGAGUGCGGUUGGGUGGCGGCGCUGAGCCGGCUGUGUUACGGUAUGCUGCUGCUGCACGCGGCGGCGGCCGGCGCGCUGCUGCUCGGCGCGGACACGGCGCUGUGCUCGCACGCCGCCUGCCUCUGGUCUUACUUCGCGGGUACUAGUGUGCUGACGGUGCUGGCCGCACUGGCGUUGUCGCUGCUGGUGGAGAUGCCUUGCUGCAGCCUGCUGCGCCGCCUGUCCGACUGUGCCACUCUCUGA